UCCUUGCACUUUCCGGACCUUCAAUCUUUGCCGUCCAGCAGAUCGUGUAGCCAGACGCCGCAGAAAGCGGCCCCGCUUGGGAACUUCUUCUUCCAAAAAGAUAUUCUGUUCUCUCUCUCUCUCUCCGCUUGCGAACUUUUGCUUUUGUCUACUGAAACGUUUGAGGACCUUGACUGUAUUUCAAUACUUUUAUUCAUCUAGUUGCAACACACAAACCACUGCCCAGAAAAAAAAAAAAAAAAAAAAAAUUAUGAAACCACUGUCCGAUAGUUCUGCAGUAUCAAUUAAUGGAUGCCAAGAAAGCCCAUAAAGACUCCUCUUCAUCCUCACCAUCCUCCUUAUCAAUAUGUUGGAAGUUCCGAGUUUGUUGAGCUUUGGAGGUGAAGACGCACGCAAGGGCUUCACCGGCAACCUCAACGCCGCAUUUUCUGAUGCCGGUAUCAAUGCCUCCUCUUCAUCCUCCUCCUCAAAAAGUUGGAUGUACCAAGUGUUCUUGAGCUUUAGAGGGGAAGACAUACGCAAGGGCUUCGCGGGCCACCUCCAUGCUGCAUUCUCUGAUGCCGGUAUCAACGCCUUUCUUGAUGACAAAGAAUUAAGAAGAACGGAAUUUAUAAAAACCCAACUGGAGCAGGCAAUCGACGGGUCCAUGAUCUCCAUAAUUGUCUUCUCCAAGAGGUAUGCCGAUUCCAGUUGGUGUCUUGAUGAGCUGGUGAAGAUCAUGGAGUGUAGAGAAAAAUUGGGGCAAAAGGUUAUUCCAUUAUUCUAUAAUGUUGAUGCUUCAGAUGUCCGGAAACAAACUGGUAGUUUUGCAGAAGCAUUUGAGAAACAUGAAGCGGGCAUCUGUGAAGGUAAACUUGAGAGAGAAAAGGUACAGCAGUGGAGAAAUGCUCUCACUCAAGCUGCAGAUUUGUGUGGGGAAGAUCUUAAAAAUACUUACAAUGGGCAUGAAGCAGAGCUUAUCAAGAAAAUUAUUGGGGAGGUUAAUAAACAGUUGCACAGCAAAUACAAAUUAGACAUCGAACACCCAGUUGGAAUUACUUCUCGGUUGUGGGAUUUGAGUGAUCAGUUAGACAUUGAAUCAGAUUCUAAAGAUGUUCGCAUGAUUGGUAUUUUGGGGAUGGGCGGCAUUGGAAAAACAACGCUUGCCAAAGCCAUUUAUAACAAGUUUGAACGUAGCUUUGAAGGUAGGAGUUUCCUUGCAAACGUGAGGGAGGUAAUUGCAAACCAAGCCACUAAUGGUCUGGUUGGUUUGCAAGAAAAACUUCUAAAUGAUAUCUUGAAAAGCAAGGAGGCGAUAAAGGUUGGUUCUGUUGAUUUAGGGAUCACUAUGACACAAGAAAGACUUCGUUGCAAAAGAGCACUUGUCAUAAUCGACGAUGUAGCUUCAAUACAGCAAGUAAAAGCAAUAGCUAGAGAUCGUGAUUGGUUUGGACGUGGAAGCCGGAUUAUUAUAACAACAAGAGAUCAACAAUUGCUAGAGCAAGUUGAAGUGGAUAGCACAUAUCCCGCUGAAGAAAUGGAUGAGGAAGAAGCUAUAGAGCUCUUUAGUUGGCAUGCCUUCAAAAGAGAUUAUCCUGAUCAGGAAUAUCUUGACCUCUCAAAACGUGUAAUUCAUUACUGUCAAGGUUUGCCACUAGCACUUGAAGUUUUGGGGUCUUUUCUGAAUAAAAGAACCACAUCAGAGUGGGAAAGCCAAUUGGAGAGAUUGGAAAGAAGUCCUCAUGAAACAAUUACAAAAAUACUCAGAAUAAGCUUUGACGGGCUACCUAGCCAUACUGACAGAGAUAUAUUCCUUGAUAUAUCUUGUUUCUUUAUUGGAAUGGACCAGGACUACGUCACACAAAUAUUAGAUGGAUGUGGCUUUUCUGCAACGCUAGGAAUCCCUAUCCUCAUUGAACGGUGCCUUGUAGAUGUUUGUGAGGAAAACAAGUUGAUGAUGCAUGAUUUGCUUAGAGAGAUGGGAAGAGAGAUCGUUCGUGAAAAAUCCGGCCGUGAUGACCCAAAAAAAUUUAGUAGAUUGUGGAAUCGUGAAGAUGUAACAGAUGUAUUGAGAGAUGAAUCUGGAACUGAAGCAAUUGAAGGACUUGCUCUAGAUUUGCAAAGCUCUGACAAGGCUAGUUUCAGUGCAGCAACAUUUACCAGUAUGAAAAAACUGAGAUUACUCCACUUCAACAAUGUAGAGCUCACUGGAGAGUACAAUAUCUUCCCCAAAAAGCUAACAUGGUUGUGCUGGCAUGGAUUCCCUUUAGACUCCAUACCAGAUGACUUUCCUAAUCAACCGAAACUAGUUGCUUUAGACUUGCAGUAUAGCAAACUCAAAAUAGUUUGGAAGGAUUGCAAGUUUCUUGAGAAGUUGAAAAUCAUUAAUCUCAGUCAUUCCCAUUGCCUAAUGAAAUCACCAGACCUUUCAAAACUCUCAUGUCUCAAGGAAUUGAUAUUGGAAGACUGUACGAGUUUGUCUGAGGUUCACUCAUCCAUAGGGGAUCUUGGAAGACUUUCUGUGGUAAAUCUUCAAGACUGCAACAUGCUAGAGGAUCUUCCACUGAAUUUCUAUAAUUCCAAGUCUAUUGAAACUCUUCUACUUAAUGGUUGUUCAAGAUUUGAAAACUUGGCUGAUGGCUUAGGGGACAUGAUAUCAUUGAAAACUCUGGAAGCAGAUAACACAGCCAUAAGACAAAUACCAUCUUCCAUAGUAAAAUUGAAGAACUUGGAAAUUUUAUCAGUAUGUGAGGUGACAAGGUCGCCAUCAACUAACCUUGGUCUGACCGAGGAUGCUAUCCCUAGGGAUCUCUGGAGACUAAUUUCCUUAGAAAAUUUAGAUCUUGCAGACAAUGACUUUCAUAGCCUACCAAGCCUCAGUGGUCUUUCAAAGCUUGAAAUUUUGUCGUUAGACGACUGCUUAAAUCUUCGUGCAAUCCCAGAUUUACCAACAAAUUUGAAAGUUCUGAAAGCAGCUGGCUGCACAGGAUUGGAAAAAAUGCCAGAUUUUUCAGAAAUGUCAAAUAUGAGAGAAUUGUAUCUAAGUGGAUCUUACAAACUCACUGAGAUUCCAGGCCUGGAUAAGUCCUUAAAUUCCAUGACACGGAUUCAUAUGGAAAGUUGCAUGAAUCUCACUGCUGAUUUUAGGAAGAACAUCCUACAGGGAUGGACUUCUUGCGGAUAUGGUGGCAUUGUUCUGGAUGGAGAUGAUAUUCCUGAUUGGUUCGACAGUGUCCAUGAGAAUAAUAUUUUGGAUUUCAAUGUUCCUCAAAGUGUUGGUCGUAAUUUUAAAGGGUUAACUUUGUCCUUCGUUUACUCUUCAGACUUGGACAAUGAAAUUCCUGUCGUCAUUAGCAUUACAAACUUGACCCGGUGUACUGAUUUUGAAGCCUGGAUCACAGAUAUAGCAGAACAAUAUGACUGUGAACUUGGAAAUCAUUAUGUUUGGCAGGGACAGUUAUCAAACGACGAGCUCAAAUUGCAAGACGGUAAUCAAGUCUUGAUUCAGAUAAUGCCUCAAGAUAAUUGUGUGAAGGUGAAGAAAACAGGUGUUAGCCUGGUAUGGGACAAAUUUAUGAACGAAAAUAUGACUGAAUACGAUCUUUGUGGUUAUCAACGUCGCCCAUCUCAAAAGGCAGGACCAAGCCAUGAUAUCUCUAAUGACAUUGAUCUCAAAAAUGAUAAUGGCAUAACAGAAUCACAACACUUUUCAGAACUCCCAUAUCUCGAAGACUGCAACAAUGAUAUUCAUAAGGAUCUCAGUUGCGUAAUUUCCUUAAUAGAUUUAGAUCUUAGAGGCAAUGAUUUUCAUAGCCUAAUUCUAGGCCCCGGUGGUUUUUCAAAUCUUCAAAAUUUGUGUUUAAAUGACUGCAUACAUCUUCGUGCAAUCCCAGAUUUACCAACAAGUUUGAAAGUUCUAAAAGCAUCUGGCUGCACAGGAUUGGAAACGAUGCCAGAUUUUUCAAAAAUGUCGUAUAUGAGAGAAUUGUAUCUAAAUGACUCGCUCAAACUCACUGAGAUUCCAGGUUUGGAUAAGUCAUUAAACUCCAUGACAAGGAUUCAUAUGGAAGGCUGCAUCAAUCUCACUGCUGAUUUUAGGAAGAACAUCCUACAGGGAUGGAGUUCUUGCGGAUAUGGUGGAAUUUUUCUGAAUGGAAUUUAUGAUAUUCCUGAGUGGUUCAAGUUGGUCGAUGAUGCGGACAAUCAAGUCUACUUUGAAGUUCCUGCUGGUCGUGAUUUAAAAGGGUUUACUAUAUGCUUCUUUUACUCUUCAGACUACCCAGAACUUGAAGAUUCUCAAGUUCCUAUUCGCAUUACAGUUAAAAAUCUUACCAAACAAACUGCUUUGCACGCAAGGAUAGCAUUUGCCUCAGUAAAAACUUCAAGAGAACCAGAAGACCAUUAUCUUUGGCAGGGACAAUUGUCAAACGAUGUGCUCCGUUUGCAAGGCGGAGACAAGAUCUCCAUUCUAGUAAGGCCUCUGGUUGAUUUUGUGAGAGUGAAGAAGACAGGGGUUUAUCUAGAAUGGGACAAACUCAUGAAGGAAAAUAUGCGUAAUCCUGAUCCUCAUUUGUAUGAUUUGGAAACUAAUCGGAUUUUUCCCGGGGGAGUUGCUGAUGGGGCAGGAUGGAGCCAUGACGCAUCUGUUCCCACUAAUCAAUCGAAUGCUGUAGAUGAACCAUUAGCAGUGGAGGGGUGUUUAGCGCGUCUUAAAAGUUUUUUGUUUAAUCUUUUUUUCAAUUGUUUUUCCUUUUCCCACCUACGUUGAUUUUGGUUAGUUACCAAAGACAUGAGUUGAUGGGAAUGAUUUAAGAUUGAAUUUUCCUUUUUUUUCUUUCUUUGCUCUAAAUUCUUCCAGUUGCAAUGGAAAACUUCAGCACACAUGUCAUCUGGAAAGGAAAGCGCCGUAACCUUGAAUUGAAUUCUAUACAUUGCCAGGAGCCAAAUUCUCUCUUUUCUUUUUUUGGUCGAAAAAUUCUCUCUUUUCUUUCACUUGCAAAGAAGACGCAAAUCCCUUUUACAGUUAUAUCAGAAACAAAAAGAAUGUAACAAUUGACCAGUCA